CUAGAUCAUCAUACAUGUGGUGUUCUUUCAUUUUGAGGGAAAAAUAUUUAUUGAAAAAAAUUCUGACUUUAGCAUUUUUCUGUUUUAUUUUGGAUGAAUGCAAGCUUAGCAUCAUCUGAAAGAUCAAAGUGAGAAGCAGAUAUGGAGAAAUUGGGAGAUAUCAUGUGGGAUAUUACAAAGUAUUUGUGUGGUUGCGCCAAACAAGAAGCUGGGCUUAUUUGUAAGUUGGAAGGGAAUCUGCAAUCUCUAGAAAGUAAAUGGAAAAAGCUUGAAGCUGUGAAGAAGGAUGUGGAAGCACAAAUUGAAGAAGUUGAGGGUAUCAGAGAGGGGCAAAGGACAUAUGAAGUCAGUGGUUGGCUCCAAAGUAUCCAAAACAUUCAAAAGGAAGUAGAAGAUAAUCUAUAUCAAGGAGUCCAAGAAAUCCAAAACAACUGCCUAAGUAAGUGUUGUCCCAAGAAUUGCAAGUCAAGCUACAAGUUGGGAAAGAAUGUUGCCAAGAUGCUCACUAAAGUAGAUGAUCUAACAGCCGAGGGACAAGGAUUUGUUAAGGGUUAUCCAAUUACGCGCAAGCCAUCGCGUAAAGGAAUUGGUCAAAUACCUCUUGAGGAGACUGUGGGGCAAGAUUUGAUAUUUGAUAAAGUAUGGAGUAGAAUUGAAGCAAAUAAUGUUGGUGUCAUAGGUUUAUAUGGGACUGGAGGGGUGGAAAGACCACUUUAUUGA